GGAAAAGAAGUGGAAGUAGGAAUUAUCAUAAGCAUUUGCGGAGAUGCAGUCAGAUGAAUCAGACCGUGAGGAACUCUCUGUAGGAGAGGAUGAUGGAGACCAAUCCGAUCAGUCCGAUCAAUCUCAUCAAUCCGAUCAAUCUCAUCAAUCCGAUCAAUCUGAUCAACCUGAACCACUUCCACCUAGGAAGUUGAAACUUCCAAAGUUCUUGACUGAAAUAGAACAUGCUGAACCACGUCCCGAUCCAAAAACUUCUUUUAAAGGUCACGAUCAGCCGCCGGCUAAUGAACGUCUUGAACAAAUCAAGACAUUUCUUGCUGACGAAGAUGCGAACCGAUGCUUAGAUUUCAAAGACAAGCUCACACAGAUACAAGAUUACCUUGCGCACAUUGAGAAGCAUCGAGUCCCAUGCGACAAAAAUCUCUUCAAAGAUGCAAAAGUAAUGACAGAUAUUCAAGCAGAUUGGCAUAAUCGCAUGGAAAAAUCAGCUCUCGGCGAUCCUUUGUGUGUAGAGAGCCCUCAGAUUCAGCCUUAUAGUACAAGACUUAUGUCGAAUGAAGUGACUCUUGCGAUUCGCGAAACGAAGGAAAUCAAUGGCACACAGGCAAAAAUCCGUGAAGAUCGGCCUCCUUUCACAGUUAAGCGUACUAAAGAUCACGCGGUAUUUCUCAGAGCUAUCAAAGAAGAUGCAAAGAAAACUUUGUCGGAUCUUACGGAAGAGGAAGAGAACCGGAAUCUUUUCAAAAUUGAGACCCACGCAUACAUUGAUACCAAGAAAAGCCCGGCAUUAAUUCCUCUUUGGACAGAUCCUAUUCGCGGUAUAUCAGAUACUGGAAAGGCACAAAGUGGUGCUGAUCCUUGGUAUGGAAGCGGCCAGGUUCUAGGGGUCACUCCAGAAGGGGGAGACGAGCGUGAGCCAAAGCACAAUCCUCUACCACCGGUAGUCAGAGGAUACCUGGAGGCUGUACAAUAUUAUUUGAAUGAAUAUAGGGAGAACGUCAUUUCUCUUGGACGUGGAGAUCUACGUCAUGCCAAACAGUGGAGUGCAGCGGCCUUGAAAGGCUUUUUACGACUAUUUCCAACGCCAGAGGCAAAAAAGCUUGAGCGUAACGCUAAUGUUUAUUCAACUGGGCAAAGAAAAGGCGAUAUGACAGAUGAAGAGUAUAGAGCUGUCAAAGAUGAUUGGAAGAAGUACAAUGAUUUACAAGAUCAGCUGUUGGAACAUCUCUCUGCCAAGACCACCCCUCAAAUGCAGUUCUUCUUUGACGAACCAGACAUGGUCAAAAAAGAUAAAUACGACCCUGCGAAGAUUAACAUCACACGGGAAUACGGCGAAAGAAUGAGGGAAGUCCAAAAAAUGCAAGCAGAGCUUCAUGAACUCAUGCGAGAAUGUCGUGACAGUAAAGGCCCGCAAUCUUGCAACUGGUGGGUACUAGGGAGAAUGGCUGAGAUACUUUCCCCCGUUGAGCCUGAUAUAUUUGGAGAAGUGGGAAAUCAUUGGGCCCAAUUCAAAACGAGACACAUUCCCUUGCUUUGGGAUAAAGCAUAUGAUUUACAAUCUAAGGAAACGUGGCUCAUCUCUCGUAGUGUGGGAGACAAAGUCGUGAUUGAACCCUAUAUCCAGAGAUUACGAGAUCUCUGGACUGCCAUUUACAAGAACGAACCAGAACUUCAACGGGAAGAAGCUGAUAUAGAGAGUGGUGCACCAUGGGUUGUAUUAUUACCAUUGCAAAAGGGAGCUCUAAGGACUGACCCAAUAAGACAUAAGAUGUCACCCGACUUUUUGCAGCCAUAUAUCUUCUACGUACCUUGGGCCACUCCCAAGCCUGAGCUUUCUCCGGAGUUGGAAAAGCAAGUAGAAAGAAUUCAUCGACUUCUAAAAGCAAAAAGCGAACAAGGAGGCGUACUGAAUCAUGUCGGAAUGGCAGUACUUCGACAAAAUCUAGCGCCCUUUUUCUAUCCUCGACUUCGUCGAAUGUAUGAUCAAACGCUCAGCAAUAACCCUAAAGUUCGAGAUAAGGCGCUUAAAGCACUUUCUGACAUUAUGGAUCCUUGGCUAGCGGGAUUCGAAGGAGUUGGAAUCGAGAUAAGGAGUUAUAAGCCGGAGGAUAAGCAAGCUCUCCUGGGACCAACUAUACCAGCGACUCUCACGGAUGCACCUGAUGCUGGAAAAGCUCCCGUGUUGAGACAGCGCGAUCCAUCCGUUCUAUAUCAGGCUCAUAGAAGAUUGGACCCAGAAUCACUAAAUACUCUCAAUGCACAACUGAACAAGGAUAUCCCCGAUGAUGGUGAUGUCGGACAAGGUACUGGUGGGAGCUGGGACCAAAAAAAGAAGAAAAACUAUGCGAGUCUGCUAGGUUCUCCGGCUUUGCAAAAGAUAGAAGCAGAAUUAGACAAGAUUGAGGAUGAGAUCAACAGCCUGAGAGCUGAUGCUUCCUCCAUUAUUCUCGCUGGUUUACAGAAAGAAUGGGGUCUCAUAAAACAGAGGCUUGACGAGGAAGAGAGAAGGACUGUGAUUGGGGUGAAAGCUGCAGCUAAUCUAAAAUCAAAGGAUAAAACCAUCACAGUAUUACAAAGUGUAGAUUUCGUGGAUACAGAUGUUGAUACCGACAAUCUUCCUGGGGUCUUUUACCUCGCCACCGAACCACCCUCACCAAUGUCCAUUCAUCCUACAAAGGUUGAUGCUUUGUCUCUUGUGCCCAAUCUCGAUACCGGUAUCCAUCGUAAUAGAGAACAAAAUUGGCAACAGUUUAUCCUGGGCUACCCGCAAACAGCUUCUCUCUAUGACACGGGCGCAUUAAACUUUCAGUCUAAGGCUGAAAGAAGGGGUAUUCAACGAGCGGCUAUUGAAAUAGCUUUAAAUUUUUUAGCUUCUAAUUAUGAGCAACGUCGUCCGGAAGAUCGAUUCCGUCGUGUUGUACUUCCUUCGCCAUGGCAACAACCUCUACCAGAAGUUCCAAUAUCAUUGGAACUUGAACCGACCAAGCGACCCGUAGAGCUGGAUACAAAAUACUACACCAAACUUAUGGUUGAGUACACGAGGUGGAAAGAUGACGACUGGUAUGACGCUCGUGAAAAAAUCAUUAAGAAUGCCCCAGGUCACGUUCCACCACCGGCUAAUUUUAAUGGCCCCUUCACAAUUCCAUCGAUGUUCGACUACCAAGACGCUGCUGCCAAAUAUUUGGGCAACUUGACUCCCACAUGGGAUGCUUUGUUGCAUGCAGCCAAUACCUUUCCGAGGCCAUUCCUGACAGGAGUUCUUGCACGUAUUGAGAGGGGUGUAAGGUUUGAGCCUGGUCGAGGAUUCGAUGCACUUAACGAAGUAAAAGAUGGUAUGGAGAUAAAACUGGUACCACAAGAACUCGGUGUCCUCCGGGAACUAACUGAACCAUCUUGGAACUGUCACUGGCUGCCAUAUCCUCCUGUCGCAGAUGACAAAGAAGAUAUGCCUAGACAGAUUCUUGAAGAGUUUGAAAGAGACAUUGAAGCGCUACCAGAAUCUGAAAAACCUCCUUAUUGGGUAUCAGAGAAGGGCCCGAGUGACCCACCGGUGGGUAACUAUCCAUUGGACCAGAGAGAUAUUCGUACAAUUAACAAGUAUGAUCCUCAUGUCAAGAGUACCGAUUUUGUGCCCAUGUUACAACUUCUCCGGCAAAUAAACGGUCGUCGAGGUAAACAGAAUUUGCCUCCCUUUGACCGGGUUACAGCGAGAAAACACUUUAUGACAAUGCAUGAAUACCAUCACAUACAUUUUGAAACAGGGUUUCAACCUGAACUUGAAGUUGGGUUCGAGCUUGAUCGUGUGGCAAGAGUUUCGCUUACAGGUCAUCCCGAAAUGAAGUAUAUUGAUGGUCGACGCCGGGCGUUUGCCGGCUAUGGAAUUGACUGGGAACAAGCAACCAACACCUAUAGCGUUCAAUACAAUGCGGAUAGAUUCACCGGACCUCCGAUUAUCCAGCCUAAUCUCUACAGUUUUAUCGAAAAGGCGUCAUUCAAAUUUGGUAGAGCAAUCGCUAUGUAUACAGAAGAACUCACAUUGGAGGAAAAGCACUAUACGAGAGACCUCAGCAUCGCAGUUGUUCACCAGAGUUACUCAGACACAAUGAAACGCUUAGAAGGAAAAGAACUAUACCCUGGGGAGCCCAACGUACCUCCCGCAAACCCCAACCCGAAUAACAUAACUUUAAUUCGCAUCGCGUCUGAUCUCUACAGGGUCGCCCCAGAUAUCUUCACCGACUAUGGUCUUAACCUCGAAACACUUCUCGACUCCGCUGUCCCAUACUCCACCCGUUUGCAAUACUCCGCCCUAGUGAUUCAAACCCAAGUCAUCGAAGAACUAAAUAACAACUGGGAAUCUCGUUUCCCCAUCAAAGAAGAUGUUUGGGGAUUCGCCCGGGACAGAUUGAUUAACCCUGUGAGCACUGUAGUCGCGGGUCGCACUUUUACAGAAUAUCACCAACCGCGUCAGUAUUUCAGUAUGCAAAGAUGGCCACCGUGCGAACAGAGUCCUGCUGGUCAACAGGUCAUCAAAAUUAGUGGGCCGGUGGUACAAGCGAAGAUUGUCAAAGAACCGGCAAAGAGAAAGACGAUGGAAGAGAAGAGGAUGGAUUUGUUGAGGAAAAAGCAGGAGCCGGUACAUAUUGGGGGUGCGCCACCUAAUUUCCCAUUUGGAGAGACGCCUUAUCAACAGGCCUAUCAGAGUUGGAGGAUCACGGAGGAUCUGAAAGAUGUUCCCGAGUUUAACCCUUCACCCAAGCCAAAAAGCUUCCUCGAAAAAAUUCUUCCCCCUAUUCCUCCCUCACCGAUAGACCGAUUUGCGCUCCCCAGAAUCCCCCCCUCCUUCCGCCCCAGAAGUAUGCCUGUCGAGCUUUUGCGCCAAAAGACCAUUUUCGCCGCCCAAUCCACGCAUGGCCUACCUAACCUCACUGAAUACUACAUGGAAGAUGAUGAAGCAAAGGCAAUAAGAGAUUACCGUCAAUGGGAGAAAGAAAACGAAAGGAUCAAAAUGAUUGAAAGACUAGCCAAGGGAAAGAGCUGGCAGAGUAUGACAAGGGGUGAGAGGGAGAAGUAUGAAGGGGAACUGGCUAUUAUGGAGAUGGAGGAGCAGCGGGUGCUGCAGAAUUCAGGAGGAUGGGGUAUUAUUGGAGAUGAAGCGAACGCGAGUCGUGGUUCUGAUGGGGCUUUGGUAUUGAGGACUGGUCAUGGCGGGAAGAAAAGGAAUCGAAGCGGGAGUACUGGUGGAAGAGGGGGUAGAAAGAGGAGAGGCGGUAGACCGACAACAAUUCAAACUGACGCGUCAAUGUCGGGAGCGCUGUGAGUCUCAUGCGUAUGAAGCCAUGGGAGCUCUGAAGAAAUAAAUUGUUGGAUAAGAUAUUUGGUAACAUGUUAAACAAUAGUUCUGUUUAUUUGGCGUACGUCCGCAUGUACUGGAGAUGAGUUUUAUGUAUUGAAAAUGAGGGACUAGAACAGCACAUGAUUUGUAAGAAUUUUCAAAAGUGAUGAUUACGCCAAUUUGAGCUUGUAUAGAAUUCGGGGCCAAGGUGUAAAUAGUACACUCA